ACUAGUCUUUGUUUACAGGCAGUUUACACCGUGCUUCCAGUGUCCCAGAACGUGUCUAUAACAUGGGGAUUGUUGAAAAUGAUUUUUCACCAAGAUCUCAGUAUGGUUUCUCAUAUUAUCAGUCAAAUCAGGUUGCAUCACCAUCCUCUUAUACAAAUGGCUGGGGGACAAGAAUCGCUUACAAGGCAAUGGAAGGAAGAGCUCAAAGACAACCUCUGAAGAGAUUAGAGGUUUCACCCCAGCGAGGUCCCAAAAGAUUGGCAUAUGUGUCCAAUGAUUUUCACUAUGACAGAGUGUUUUCAACUGGACUCUCCCCAAGGCACCAUGAUUACAGGAGAUCCAAUGGGACUGUCCCACCAAGAUAUGCUCGGUCUGAGAUUGUUGGUUACACGAUUCGUGAUACAGUGAGCAGGGGAAACUCUCUUAAAAGACACUCCCAGUUGGGGGCUAUUAAUGACACCAUCCCUGAUAGUGCUCCUCUUAGCCCCCCUGUACAGAGGUACCAUCAAGCAGGCAACAGUCGCAGUAUGACCAACCUUUUAGAAAAAGAAAACUACCUGACUUCAGGCAGCGCGAUGGGACAAGUGAGAUCACCAACUGCUUCCCAUUUUGCAUCUCAGAACAGACAAUCUUUAAGGUCCAGCUGGCACCAAACUACUCUCAGAAGCACACAGACCAGGAGGGAAGCUUCCCAGCCAGCUUCAGUAACCACUGUUGCUGCAGAGCCAGAUGGUAAGAGGAUGACACUGACAGCUGCCAUGGCAGCAGCGGGGAGAAAUGGUUUCCUGCAGAGUGAACAAGCCACCAUCAAUGGAUCUCAGCUAGGGAGCCCAGAAGUGGAGAUGACUCUAGAGCGUGCAGUGAACAUCUUGAAGAGUGAAAAUACACAGUCAGCACCUAGGAUACUUGCUGCAGUGACUUUCAUACAGCAUGAAUGCUUCCAGAAAGCAGAAGCCAGAAGAAAAGUAAGUGAUUGUUUUUAUGCAAGUUUUAGUCAGGUAGAACAAAUAACUGUACUGUACCAACUCGAGAAAGAACAUUCCAAGAAGCACUGCAGGAUACUGAUGUUGAAUAUUUUCCCUAAAAUAUGCUGAUGCUUUUUGCUGCAG